AGUGACGUCAGAGUCAGCUGUGGCUCGUGCGGGCGCCUUCCGCGUGCUCGCGCGAGUGUGAUUGUGGAUGAUUCAGCAGCUCCUCCGGCGGCUGCAGUCUCUUUCAGCCGCUCGUCCUCUGACAUGCGCUGCCCAAAGACCGCUUUCAGCGGAUUUUAAUCGACACUUGAUCUCAUUAAGGGGCGUGAGGGGUGGAGAUGAGCCCGUGCAGGUGAGCACAUCGUUAGGAGACCCCGUUUUGACCGCUGAAGUCUGGUUUCCUCAGGCCGGAGCGCCGCGGAGAGGCUGCCACGUUCUUCUCGCUCGGUCCCCCCGCAGGAUCGUUACCGCCGUUUAUCGGGGCGGUUCCGCUUCCUUGUCUUGUUCGGGUGGAUUUAUCAGCAGCGCACCCAGACCAGCCAGCUGCUCUCAGCCGAACACAGCAACACCGACAUUUCCGCAUUUGGACAGCUGGUGCUUCGGCUCUGCCCGGCAGCUCCCUCGACUCAUGGGCUCCAUGCUGAAGUGGGUGGAUUUUGAUGUCAGUCCCACCUCCCGUUGACCGGCCCACUUUGCCCACUAUGGUCUCCAGGUUGCCGACGUUUGGCUCACAGCCUCGACCCCAGACAGCUCCUGCUGCUGCUUCUAACUCCAGAUCUCCUGCUAUAGCGGGCAGCACCCGGCUCACCAGUGGGUUCUACCAUCAUCCUGGACCUGUGGGGGUCAAUGGCACCACUCCCUUCUCCUCUGCAAAGCAGAAUGGGUUAAUCAGAGUGCCAAGUUCCUUUUCUACAAAGUGGAAGAAAGAAAAUGGAGCAGUGAAUGAUGGAGGGGUUGGCGGAGAGACUGAAAAGAGGAGAGGAAAAGGUGGGAAUGCCAGCCAGAAUCGGAGCAGUCAGUAUUUUUCACCAGUGAUGUCACAGCAGGAUGCCAAAAGAAUAACCACAUCCUCUGUAGGAGGCGGGCGUGGCCAGUCUACAACAUCAUCAUCAUCAUCAUCGUUGUCACCGUCUCCACAGUUCAGCCCCAGAACUCUUCCUGUCUAUAAAAGUAGAACUCUGGGAUCCAAACCAAGCCAGACCACAGCAGGAUUGGCCAAUGGUACAAGACAGACCCUGAACUCCAAUUCUGGAUCUAAAUUGCAAUCAAAAGCUAACAGUUCUUUGAGACAGCAUCAGAGUUUUGCUCGUCUUGCCCAUCCGAAGCCUGCUUCUGGUCCAGGAUCUCGAUCUGGUUCCCCCCUUCAAAAGAAACCAGUGGCCAGCCGCUCCCACUCCAGUGAAACUCUAGGAUGGGUUCCCUCCAUCAGGCUGACUGAAAACGACCGCUUCAGGUCACGUAGCCUCACCCAGGUCCGACAGCAGCCCUCCCCCACCCUCACCCCUUCGUCCACCUCCUCCUCAUCCCUCCCCCGCUCCCCCAACAUCACCCGCUCCUACACUGGUAACAAGACAGUCCAGCGGGAAACUUCUUUAUCAUCUCCCCAGGCUUCACCAAGAAGCUGCUUGUUAAAGUCACCUGUGAGCCGUUGGACAGGUAGAGCUGGAAAUGUCAGAGGUCAAAGUUCUGCCUCUAGAAGGUCUGAGGUGAGCACCCCCUCCCAGCUGCCUCAGUCAGCCUUAAAAAAAACCCUCCUCCCUAGCUUUGGCCCCACCCCAAGACCCAGUGGCAUCAGCUAUAAGCUGUCACGACCAUCACUCGUCAAGCAGUCCCGUCCCAUUCGAGCCGCUCCAGCCAAUGCGUGUGGAGGUGACAAGGAAACUAAUCAAGCACCAGCCAGGCGAAAACACUCUGUAGAAACACUUUCAUCUACAGAAAACAGCCCAGCAGAAAACACCCCAGAUGGUCCAGAGGGGCUCUCAGGGGACUUUGUGUCCCAGAGGGAGGCAUCUAUUAUAGGUGAGACACUGGAGGACAUGUCCUUGUCUUCCACCUCCUCUUUCGAUAGAAACGACAUCAGUCAGGAGUACAUGGAUGACUUCGACAACCUCGGAAAUGGGUCAGUUGGGAUUCUGCUGUUUUCAUCCAAAAAUGAAGAGGAAGACUCUGGACUCGACCAUUCAUGCACCCGGUUGGAUGAUGAGGAGGCAGUCACCAGUGUCACCAAGGCAACAGGACUGUGUUUUCUAGAUGAUGGCAUGGACUGGAUUGACAGAGGUGAGAAGGAGGAGCAUAGACUCAACCAACUCUCCCGCCGGAGAAAGUCCAGCCAGCCAAACUACCAUGAACAGGGCGGUUCAUCUCUAGACCUGUCCCCUUCUGACAGCUGUGGGUCUGGUGGGACCUACAUGUGGGAUGAGGAGGGUCUGGAGCCUCUAGGGGGCACUGCAACAACGGCCUCCAUCCACACCAACAGCAACACCACCCACCACAUUGGGAGCUUUGACUCUGACAUCAACAGCGUUGACAUUUUAAACAACUUGGACUCUUGUGAUCUGGCUGACGAUGACCUCAUGCUGGAUUCUGACUUACCAGAUGAUUCGUCGUUGCACAGCGAUGGAGAUGGGCUGCCCCACAUGGCUCAGUGGAGGAAGAGACAGCUCUGCUGGGAAACACAGGAUAAUGACAAUGAAAGUGAUUUCCAGUGCUACAAACUCACUCCGGAUCCAGAAAACACAACGGAAGAUAAAAGCGUGGACUUCAUCCUUCACGCCAGCCUUAAAAGUGCAGCAGAAGCUGACCUCCCUGCUGUCUGCAGGUCAGGUUGUUUUCCUUCUGGAGCUCUCGGUCUGGGCCUGGAUGUGGAGGAACUGGCUGAAGACUGCUCUUCAGUCCGAUCACAGCUGGAGUUCCUGCAGAGGUUAUUGUUGCAGGAGGAGGACGCUGACGAGGAUACUCUGACCACAGACGCUCUGAGUCCAGAGACCGUCUCGGCCCACAAGGCAGAUUCACAGGUGCAGGCCCUCCUGCAGGAGGUGGAGAAGCUCAGAGAGGAGCUAAGGAGUCGAGAUCGAACCAUCGCCCAGCUCACCAUGCAGCUGACCGUUCCCACGCUUACGGCUACGUGCCGCUGUCAGGAGACGACUGAGAAGGCGAAUCAGCACACUCAGACGAGUGUGAUAGAGAGCAAGAGCUUCGCCUCACAGACGCUGUGGAAAGAACACACAUCACCGAUACUUCACUCCUCCGAUCCAGAAGACCAGAAACCACUGACACAUCAAGCACCGCCUCCAGGUAACUCCACUUAUGCUGAAAUGCCCGCCCACAGGCUCCUCCCCUUUCAUAAAACCGAGGCCACCGACUGUUCAUUGCAAAGAGGAGGAAGUGAUGGAAAAUGUCAGUUGGAGGAGGAGGAGGGGAACAGCAGGAGAGAAACCUGCAGACCCAGGCUGCCCCCACAGCCCUCCAGGCUGUGCCACUUCCUGUUCCGCACGUCCAGCUCCACCCUAAAGUCUCAGAAACCAAGGCAACCAUCAGGACUUUGUGAGUCAGACUGUGUAGGACCUUCGGGGGUGAAGCUCAAAGCUUCUCCCUCCAGCUCUUCCCGCCUCCCCAAACCUAAAAGCCACUGAGGUGAGCAGCAGUCUGAGUUCUGUCAGUAACAGCAGAGCAUGGCUGCCUUUCCUGUAUCUGACCCCUGACCUCUGCCUGUAACCUUAUUAUUUACUAAUAUUUGCGUCACUGCUUCUUAAUCCCAGCCCCUCUGAUACCAUCAAGUUGUUCAAAAAGAAGCAAAAAGAAAGAUGGCAAACCCUGACAAAAAGCAGUGUUAUGUAGGCUAAAAUGAAGAUGCACACAAUCUGGAGCCUCGCCCCGAUUCUCACCCCGAUUUCUGUCUUCCCUGUUUGCUUGGAGACGGAGACAUUAUUUAUUACUGGACCCAGAUAUAUUGUGCUGCUCAUGAUAUUCUAAUAUUUAAGGUCCUUUGAUGUUAUUUCACAGACUCCAUCUGGCUCCAUCUGCCCUCGCUCAGAGAGGAAGUUAAGUCUAGAAUCAAACGGAGUCAAAAACACAAGACCAGCUGGAACGUUUAGAAAAGAUUUAAUCCAAGUAUUUGCUUUUACAGACAAAGCCAUCUGUGCAAAGCUCUGAGUAAAAACUUUUCACUUAAAGUUUUACCUCUAAAUCUCUGAAACCAAACUAAAAAGUAAAACAUUCCUUCAGUGACACUGUCUGACUGUUCCUCCUUCAUCCUCUGAGUCUUCAACACCAGAUAGUCGCUCCGUCAACAUGCAAGCCUUUGUUCUGCUGCCCAUCAUCCCCUUCGGAACGUUCUGACACUAAAAGCUCUCCAGUCUCUCAGGACUUCAGUUCUGGCUUUCUUAGUCUUGUUGUCUUUAUUUUGGUUUGUUCAGGUAAAAUCUCAUUUUUUGUAAAAUCUUUUCCUUCUAAACCGGUUUCACCUUUUUCUUUGCACCACUUGAGGAAUGUAACACAGCAGCUCCAAGGAUGUUUUCCUUCUGCUUAUGUGAUGCUUCUAAUGAACCAAGUGAUCUUUUACCACAUCUCCCUGAAAGUUUUCCAGAUUUCAUAAGAAACUGGCUCUGAGGGUUGGAGAUCAGAGGAUGUGAAGCAGACUAAGGACUUACACAUGGACUGACAACUUGAGUCUCUGUUAAACUCAGUGAAACCAUCCCUCUGUGUAGCUGCUGAAUUAUUUCAUCAUUAACAUUCAGGGGAAGAGGAGCCGUUUGCUCAGCGUCUCUUUCCUUCAACAGAAACCUGACAUUUGAGCCGUCCUCUAUCUCCCGGAAUGGUUCAACUUAACGGCUCCUCUUCAGACUUGAUGUCACAUUUCAGUUCAGAAUCUGAAAGCAGCACACAUUUCCAGAAAGAUGUUAACAUUUUGUUAAGUCAACCAAAAUGUAGUCACUUGGAUUUCUUCGGUAAAAUGAACCCACUGACAUUUUCCCUCCGCUGGCGCAUCAACCCCAACCAGUAAAAUAUCACCUCCUUUGUAUCCACGGUGAUCUCUCGGCUCUGCUCGCUGCUACCUUAUACAAAACUAUAUGCAAUAAGAUAUGCAACAGUGUUCAUGAAACAGACAUUCAGAGGCAGAACAGAAAAUCACAAUGCUAAACCAGCUUUGCUUAGUGGCACAGUUGAACAGCUGAGGAUGGUAAGUGACUGCAGAAAACCUCAGAACAAGCACAUGCUGGCACUUAGAGAGACAGGGGUACGAGCUAGAGUAAAACAAGUCUCAUGUGACUACAGCAGCUUUGUGUUCACAUCUGUUUUUAUAACAAACAAAAUAAAUACUUUGAGUUUUGGAUUGUUGAUCAAAUAAACAGGAUAAUCGCACUCAACACAUUCUUGUCCUAAUAAUAAAAUUCAUCAAGAAUUAUUACUUGAAUCCCAUUUUGACUGAUGGGAAAAAAUGCAUUAAUAUUGGUCACUGAAGCAAAAUUGCCACUUUAUUUACUCGUAACAUUUCUGGAUUCCCAAAAGAAACAAUUUUUUAAUAUUUUAAUCACAAAAAUCAAGUACAGAAAAAUUCCAGGAAUGGAAAUCCCAGAGGACUUUUCUCAUCCAUGAUCUCACAAGUUGGGUUAUGGUGGAUUUAAGUCUCAUAUCAACAUACAUUUAACCACAAAUAUGAGCUAUGGGAUGUUUCUAGUCUCCAUGGUCAAAAUAAGUAUUCCUAGGAGAGAAACACGAGUCCAGAAGAUCCAUUUUAAGUGAGUCUGAUGACAGAGGCUUGUUGAGGCAGAGCUGAGGCUCAGCAGAGAGGAAGGGAAGUUGUUUUUAUUUAAAUCUUUCAACCAAGCCCUCAUCGCUUUAUACUUUCUUUAGCAACAAACAACAUCCUGCCUGUUUCCUGACUUUUCUUUAACAUUUUGUAUUGUCUCUCUUUGUGAUAUUCAUUAUUUUGUCUAUAAUCCCACAUUUGUGGUUGUGUGACUUUUCACGACUUUAGCUUUAUGUCCUCCUCUCCGUCUUUUGCCUUCGUCUUGCUCUUCCCUGCAUUAUUUGACAAACGGCUGUUUGUCCAGAAGUAAAUCAGCAGGUUCAGCCCAGGUCUGGUUGAAGCUUGUUGUCAUGGCAACGCAGCGUUCAUGUGGAUUUACAGAACAUCCUGGGCUUUUCCCGUUUAUUCUUGUUAAAUUAAUUGGUUUUCUUGAGCGUGUCACACACACGCAUCAUUAUGUACCCUAGGUGUCCAGCUGGUUGGUGGACAUGACAUCUUUCAAGCAAAAUAUUCCAGAAUAUAAUUUCUUUACAAAAAUACUAUUAAAAAUAUAUUUUCUUUGAUGUAAAAUGCAUUUCUUUUACUUGGACGUGGUUGCAUUUACACUCUAAACACUCGAACGUUUGUGUGAUCUAAAUCACUCACAUCUGUUUUUCUAGUUCUGCCCUCUCAGACUAGAGGAACUCUCUGGUUCUGUGGCCUGGGUGCAUCUGCCAUUAAACGGGGGAGAAGUUCACUUCUGUAAUGAGUUCUUAUCAUUUGUUUCUAACAGAGAGCCCACGGAGGAUUUGGGAAGUAAAAUUAGAGCAGAUUAACUGUUUCUGAUAGCUGAAGCUUACUCUGGAUUUAGCAGGUGAAUGUUCUCACAAACUUUAAAGAUCAGAUGCAGAUUAAACCUGAAGGUUCUUUUAUCUGGGGGAGAGAUUUGGUCAUGAUGAGAGCGCAUCUUAUCUGUCUCAAAGCAGCUCGUUUAUCUGUUGAAUUCACCAACUGGCAGCAGCCAAGUGGCAACCAAAUGGCUGAUUCUUCCCUGAGAAAGUUAAUAAAUGACCUGUAGUUACUUUUCAUCAGCAGUCCAUAAGCCAAACGUCGACUCGAGUAAAAAAAACCUUCAGUUUGUAUAUUUGUGAGGCAUUUUUAGUUUUGUUCUUCUGUAAAACGUUUACUACCUGUCUGGAGUUUUAAGGCAGAAGCAACAACAGAGAUGUUUUUGUUAAACUUCCCACGUUCAGACAGAAACAGAAGAGUUGAUUUAAAUCUGGCACUCGUUAAUCUGUGUUAAUCUCGUAAAUCUUCCAACUCUCUUUAUAACCUCUUCUCUAAACCCGUGUUUGCACAGAUGUGAAAAAGAUCAAUUUGUCAAAGAAAAUUUAAAUUCUGGUUUCAGCAGGUAUCACAAAAAUGACUUAAAGGAUUCUCUGGUCAGUACUUGGAUGCUAAGAUUCAAACACAUUUCUCCAACACGACUGGUGGAAAAAAACAAGUUCUGUCUCGCUGAACCUUUAUUUAAUUAGGACAUCACUACAAGUGAUUGUUUUCUUUGUUUAGGAGGCUUGUUUCUUAACAAAACCUUGUAUCAUCUAGUUUGUUUUGUGACUCCCAUCUGAUUUCAGGAUGCUUGUAGUAUGUUUUGUAUCAGAAAAAUCCCCAAACUGUUUGAUUUUGAAGGUCAAAAUCACUGCAGGCAAACACUCCGGGAGUUUUGGGUUUCAUCAGAAAAGGUGAUGCUUUAAAUUUUUGGAUAAAUGCUCAAACGGGAAACAACUACUGAAGUCUGGCCUCUGUGUUUGAAAUGAAGGAGUUUAGACAUGCUCAGAACAGGUUUCCAGAAUAAGUGUUUAUUGUAGAUGAUAUGUUAAAAUAUGUUAUUGUAAUUUAAUUUUUAAUACUUUGUUCAUGUAGCAUUUCCACUGUUCAGGUUCAUAUUACUCACUAUGGAUGUCUUUUUACUGUAUUCAUGAUGCUCAUUGUAUUCUGCCCUCUGCUGUAAUCCCUCUGGGGAAAUGCUUUUAUUUUGAAAACUUGAAGGAGAAAACAGCCUGCCUUUUCCUGUCACUGUUUUGUGCAAUAACUGCAGGGGUGGUUUACUUCUCUUUAAUGUAAACUCUAAUUUAUAUGACUGUAAUAUUCAUUGUUAACUCAGAAUGAAGAGCUUGUAAAACACCUCAGCCUGAAGAAGCACUUUAGAGGAAAUGAGGCGACGCUGGACUCCACCCACUAAAGCGUCUCAUCUUUUAUUUUAUCUCUCUGUGUGUUUAUCAAUGCUGCAUUCAUGUCACUCAGGAAAAACCUGUAUUUCAUUCUGAAACUUGAAAAAAAAAAUUCAGACACAGAAAAAAAAACUUUUAUUUUGUAAUUGUUCAACUGUAAAAUUUGGAUACACAAAAAUACAAUGAAGAAAAAUGUAAACUUGUUCAAUGUUUCUGUUUGAUUAGUGUAUUUUUUUAAACUUUAUUUUGGAAAAAAUGCAAAGAGCCUAAUCUGAAAUCAAAAUAAAAUAGUUUUUAAGUGAUGUGAGAUGGAAAAGAACAGUUUAAGCAGAAUUUACACUUCAUCUAUGAGCUAUGAAAGAAUAAACUAGAGAAAAUUAUGUCCUAGCAAUUCAUAUUUUUCAACAGACAGUAGAAAUUUAAAUUUGGAAAAGGAAUCUUUGGUUUAACUGUGGGCAUGAAUGCAGCAUUAAAUUAACUGUUUUUGUUCAUCAUUCAGGUUCAGUCCUCUGAUUAACUUUGACCUUUGUAGUUUCAUGAGAACUUGUAUCAGCUUGGUUGGUUGAACGAAUGAAGCUGUUUCAGGUUCUUGAAAAGGUUCUGUCAGUUUGAUGUGAGCUCAGUUCACCUUUGACCCGACUGAAGCUAAAUCAACUCAUGUCUUAGAGGAAAUAAUUGGCGCAUUCCUGUUUAUUUGACUACUGAGGCUCUCUGCAGCUCGUUUGUGAAUAUGUAUGGUUCUUAUUGGCUGAGAUGUGUCUGAUGCUGCUAAAAUAAAAUGAAUCUGCAGAAAAACUG